AUACAUCAUGGUGUGGUUUAUUUGACAGGCGUGUGCAAAAAACUGAAACCGUAGAAGAGCUCGAACAGUAUUUUACAGUUUAAUUUUUGUUUUAUAGAUGUAAAAUUAAAGUGCAAAAUAAUUUUAAUCAUCAGUUAAACUAUUGGAGUUCUAUGCAGCGAGUUUUUGGCCUGUUCUUAAGCUUAGCUGUGAAGGUUUGCUGCAGGAAAAAGUAGAUAAGAUAAAAUCUGAAGGAACAAUGAACUCCACAAGUUAUGAAUCCACUAUCAUUGCAACAGUCACGCAAAAGUUUCACGAAGGUGAAUCAAUUUUGGCGAUUUUCGAAGGUUAUCAAAUAGUAGGUAACAAGCAUCAGAACCGGCUUCUGGUAAUCGUAAGUUCGGAUUUUACGUCAGCUUUGUUUGCUUUUUCGAUCAACUGUUACCCGCCGAAGAGCAUCUCUGACUUAACGGUUGCUGCAGUCUAUCCGAUUAAUGAGACGUUUUGGGUGAAUCCAGAAUCGGGUUCUACGGGAUCGAUUUCCAGCCACCAGUUUACAAUAUUUCUUCAAAAUGAACCAACCGUGUACUACUACCAGGCGACUUCGGAAGUAAGCGCCUCGAAAGACAACUUUAUCGGCAAACUGAAAGAGCAAAUUGCCAAUUUCAAAAGUGCUUCCACGCAAGCAGCUGCUGCAUCGUAUCCUCUAAGUUUCAAGUGGCUUGACUAUUACAAACGGGCUGAUAUGCGGGCGAUUGACCGAAGUAUUGCCGACGGCAGCCAAGCACCGAAAACCAGAGAUUCGAAAUUCAAGGAAGAGCUCGAUCGGAGACGACACGAGUACAUUGUGUGCGAGCCUUACAAAAUCUAUACCGCGACGUGGAAUGUAAACGGGCAGACGUCCGAGGAUAUCGAGCUGCCGGAGUGGCUUUCCACUACGGACGACCCGCCUGAUAUUUACGCUGUUGGUUUUCAGGAGAUUGAGUGGACACCGGAGAAGAUAAUCAUGAACGAGACGAAAAUUGAUCGUACGUGGGUUAAAAAGGUAAUGAUGGGUCUUCAUAAAGGUGCUGAGUACGAGGAGCUGGCCUCAGUCCGAUUAGUCGGUAUGAUGCUAACGGUCGCGGUCAAAAAGUCGCUGCGGGAUCAAAUCUCUGAUUGCCUAACAGCAGCCGUUGGAACGGGGACAUUGAAAUGGGGUAAUAAAGGUGGAGUGGGCGUGAGUUUUCAGUUGAAUGAGGCUCUGCUGUGCUUUGUGAACUCUCACCUGGCGGCUCACACCCAGGAGGUGGACCGCCGUAACGAAGAUCAUGACGAGAUAAUUAAAAGGAUGUCGUUCGAGAAAACAUUCCGUGGUCGAUCGAUUGAUGAGCAUCAUCACAUAUUCUGGAUAGGCGAUUUAAACUACCGACUUAACGGGGAAAUUACGCAGGAGUUCGUAAACGAAAAAGAUUGUGACUAUAACCAGCUUUACCCUUACGAUCAGCUGUACUUGGAAAAACUGAGGAAGCGCAUUUUCCGCGAAUACAAGGAGGGAAAGAUACUGUUCGGUCCGACAUAUAAGUACAAUCCCGGCACGGAUGUUUGGGACAGUAGCGAAAAGAGCCGCUGCCCGGCGUGGUGCGACCGAAUACUGUGGAAAGGAGCUCGGAUAGAACUGCUAAAAUAUGAUAGUGUAAUGCAACUGAGAAGGAGCGACCACAAACCGGUUUACGCAGUGUUUAAAGUUAAUGUAGAAACAAAAGAUAAUGAGAAGUUUAAAAGAGUUCACGAGGAAGUUCUAAAAACUGUCGACAAAUACGAAAACGACAAUCAACCACAGAUAACAGUGGAGCAAACGGACCUUGAUUUCGGCUUGAUCAGAUUUAAUGAGAAGUACUCCCGAGAGUUGCUGGUAGCGAACAACUGUCACCUUCCCGUGCGGUUUCGCUUUGCUGCGAAAGACGACCGGAACAGUCACGUGUGUGAAGAUUUCAUCCACAUCAGCCACAAAUCGGGUGAGCUGAUUACGGGGAACAGUCUCAGUAUAAGGGUGGAUAUAUUUGUGGAUGCGAAAGCUGCUUCCCAGAUGCUGAAGAAGCUUAAAGAUGCGAGGGCAGGUGUAAAAAUCCCACUCGAUAUUCUGGUCCUACACGUAGAAAACGGCCGUGACAUAUUUAUUACCAUUUUCGGAGAGUAUAAGCAAAGUUGUUUCGGUGUUUCACUUGAAACGCUAAUGAAGCUUAACAAGCCGAUUUUCGAGUACGAAAUCAAUGAGUUGAUUGCACUGGAGAAGGAGGAAAAACUGAUUGAUUUGACUGGAGAUGAAAACCUGAGGAUUCCCAGGGAAAUUUGGCGGUUAAUCGAUUACCUGUACAACAACGGAAUGGAAACUGCGAAUCUGUUUACGCUAAAUCGGACCUACUCAGGGCAUGAGAAUAUUUUGGAAAUCCGUGACUGGUUGGACAGUUGGUCGUCAGAACCGUUUCCGGGUAUUCCUAAGACCGCAGCAGAAGCUCUUCUAAUUCUUCUAGAAUCUUUACCCGAUCCGGUAGUUACCAUCACCGAACGAGAGUGCAUCGUCUAUGCGGACAACUACGAGCGCUGCAAGGAACUCAUUCGGACGAAGCUAAAACCCGUUCACAAGCUGGUGUUUCUAUACAUCUGCAUGUUCCUCAUAGAACUGCGUCGACGUAAUCCCAGCAUACGCUUGGAGGUUUUAGCAACCGUUUUUGGUCGGCUAAUGAUCCGCAGCCAGACACCGAUAGUUCGAACGCCAACCGGGAACGAUGUGUAUGCUUACACCGAUGGCGAGCGGGACCAGCGGCGACGAUUUCUAAUGACAUUUCUAACCAACAAGAUACAGGAAUUUGCCCGAACAGAAAUGGAAAACAACAGCACGUCGUAGAGUCCACUCUGUCCGAAUCUCUUUGGUGUUCACCCAUCUGUCGAUGUAAUUCGAUAGCAACGUUUUUGAAACGUGCUUAGCAAUAGCAGCAGAAGAGAAGCUCUUUGUGUUACAAAAAGUCACCUGAUGAACAAUUUUAGAUGUGUAUUCAUCAACAGUAGCGGUAGUCAAAUGAAUUUGUUUGUAUUUAAUGGCAUUCUGUCACUGCGCGUAAACUGUGGAAUUGUACGCGAUCAGUGUAUCACCUUACUAGGAAAAUAAAGAUAACUCUAUAUAGAA